GCCCUAAUUCAUGGUUUCCGAACUCUUACUAGUCAUUUCCCGCCAACCUUUCUCUCUCAGAAGUGAGAUUUUCCAAUGGCGGACAAGAAGAAACGGCGGCGAGCUGAUCCCGACUCGGAGGACGAAGACAGCGUCGGGCACGGCGCCCAGCCCUUCAAGAAGCGCUUGAAGUCCGACAAUGUCAUCCUGUCAGGACUCAGGAAGCUCACCGAGUCCCUCCAAUCGAACAACACCGAUCAGAAAACCCUAACCCUUUCGGACCUCGACCUCUCUUUCAACUGCCGUGAAGUGGCCGACCUUAACCUCUCCUCCGUCCAAGACGCCGUCGAACGACUCAUCAUUCGCGUCACGCAAUCCAUCCUCUCCGGCUCAGGCUUCUCCUUCGAUGUCCCAGCCCGUGGCAACGCCAACCAGCUCUACAUACCCGAGCUCGAUCGCAUCGUCCUCAAGGACAAGACCUCCAUUCGCCCCUACGCCAACGUCUCCACAGUCCGCAAGACCACCAUCACCGCUCGUAUUCUCCAGCUCGUCCAUCAGCUCUGCCUCAAGAACAUCCAUGUCACCAAGCGAGACCUCUUCUACACCGACGUCAAACUCUUCCAAGACCAAUCCCAGUCCGAUACCGUACUCGACGAUGUCUCUUGUAUGCUUGGAUGCACCAGGUCCAGCCUCAAUGUCGUAGCCGCCGAGAAGGGGAUAGUUGUUGGAAGGAUCAUUUUUAGCGACAAUGGUGAUAUGAUCGAUUGCACUAAAAUGGGUAUGGGCGGAAAGGCCAUUCCUCCCAAUAUCGAUCGUGUAGGGGAUAUGCAAAGUGACGCCCUCUUCAUUCUUCUGGUCGAGAAGGAUGCUGCUUACAUGAGACUGGCCGAAGAUCGAUUCUAUAAUCGGUUCCCAUGCAUCAUUAUUACGGCGAAAGGGCAGCCAGAUGUGGCGACGAGGCUGUUCUUGAAGAAGAUGAAGACGGAGCUGAAGCUUCCUGUACUUGCACUUGUGGAUAGUGAUCCGUAUGGAUUGAAGAUUCUAUCGGUUUAUGGGUGUGGAUCAAAGAACAUGUCUUACGAUAGUGCAAAUCUGACGACUCCUGAUAUCAAGUGGUUGGGGAUCAGGCCAAGUGAUCUGGACAAGUAUAAGAUACCAGAACAGUGUAGGUUGCCCAUGACAGAGCAGGAUAUUAAGACUGGUAAGGAUUUGCUGGAGGAGGAUUUUGUGAAGAAGAAUCCUGGAUGGGUUGAGGAGUUGUCUUUGAUGGUGAAGACCAAGCAGAAGGCAGAGAUUCAGGCAUUGAGUUCCUUUGGUUUCCAGUACUUGUCGGAAGUGUAUUUGCCUCUUAAGCUACAACAGGAGGACUGGUUAUGAGUGAAAUAAGAAAGGGACACAGGAGGCUGUGCCUUAUUAACCCAUGUAUUUCCACCCUCUUCUCCUUGUUGUUGGGGAUGGAAAGAUAGAUAUAAGAUUGUACUUUUGCUGUUCCUCAGAUUUUCCAUCCAUCAUAUGAGAAGAAAAUCUGAAAUUGUUGUUUUCAUUGCAAACCAGAACAAACUUUCAUUUCA